AUACUAAAUUUUUGUAAUUUUAUAUUCAUCUAAAUUAUAAGAUAUGAAGAAUGCAAAAAAAAAGGGUGACAACAUCAAAACAACUGCCAAAAAACUAAAAUUGCCUCAAUAUGCACAGCGUAAAUUUGCAUCAGUCAUUCCUUCAAGCCCUAAGGCUACCUCCUCCUCACCACAAAAUACAACUUUACUAAAAGUUGAAGACUUCAUAGACUUUUUGUGUAUGCGUGGGUCCCCUAUAAUGCCUCAAGAGUUAGAGAAAUUUGCAAUACAAGAAAAUUGUGUAUGGGAUGAUAAUUUUGAAGAACAAGAAAAACCACCAGGACUCAUUAAAUUUCCAGAAAAAAAAAGUGAUGACUUUUGUUUCAGUGAUAAUCAAGUUUCGCUUCUGAAAGCACCUGUAUUCUAUGCAACUAUAGACGAAUUAAACCAUUUUUUUGAUUUCGUUCAAAACAAGGAAGAUAAUGAAACGAAAGGUAUUUUUUCAAUAAUCCCAUCAGAAAACUUAAUUGCAUUAUCAUAUGCAGAUGAAAAAAUAAAAUUUGUAACUAAGACAACACAUGUUCAUCGACUUAAAAUAAUGAAUUGUGAUAGCAGUGUCAAACUUGAAUGUAUUAAAAGGCAGUUAUUUAAAGAAAAUAUAGCAUUCAGUAACAUACCAAAAAUAGGAUCAUGUGAAUUAGAUUUGCCAUUACUAUGUGACACUGUUGAAUUGUUUGGUGGUCUGGAAACUGCUAGUAAUCUUCACUGGAAAUCAAUAGCAGAUCACUUGAAUAUUCCUAAAAAUGUUGGAAAAAGAAUUUCAAAAUUAGAAGAUGUUUAUUUAAAGUAUGUUCUCCCAUUUACAGUGCUACCUAGUUCUGAAAAGCUAAAGUUUUGUGAAAUUGUUUCAGCAGAUACACAGUUUUUUAUAAAUUUACCAAAUGAAAUUGAAAAUAAGAAGUCAAUCUCUGUGAACAAUUUUCAAAGAGUUGCUACUAAUAUUAAAAGCAUGUAUUUGUGUAAUGAAUCAAGUUCUGAGGACAUAGAAACUCUGUUUUGGAAGCAUGUUUCUGAUGGAAAUAGGCAUAUAGCAGCACUUUCUGCAAGUAUAUGUUCCACACAAGUUCCAUUAUCAAGAGAUGUUUCAUCAAAUACUACAUUAAAUCUUCAGGAAAUGUAUUCUGCAAAGGACUCUAUAUUAAAACAUGUUGGAAAGAUUAAAGAUUUAACUGUUCCACGAUUGCUUUAUGAGAGUUUAUUUUCAACUUCAAAAUGGACUUUACAAUCCAAUCAUUUUAACACUCUUUCGUAUAUUCAUUUCGGUUCUGAUAAGAUAUGGUAUGUUGUUCCGGUUAAUUACACAUCUCAUUUUGAAGAAAUUUUGUUUAAAAUGAAUGGUUGUUUGUUGGAACCUUCAGAAUUAAUUUUAAAAGGCAUUCCAAUAGUGCGUUGUUUACAAAAAGCUGGUCAAUAUGUAGUUGUUAGUGGUGGUUGUUAUUUUUUAACUGUAUCUACGGGCUAUUGCUCAUCUGAAAUAGUUAACUUUGCAACAGAUUCUUGGUUUACAUCAAAAUACUUCUGCACAUGGGAGCCAAGUUUAAGUAACUGUUUGCCAAUCAAAGUUUUACUGAGUUUUUUAAAAGAUAAUCUCAAAAAUAAUAUACCAGGAUAUGUUUCUGAUAUGUUUAGAGAAAAACUUUUUAAAUUUAAAGAACUUAUAGAAAUAACUCAAAAAUCAGUCAGAAAAGCUGGAAUUAGCAAAGGAAAUUCCAAUUUAAAGUGGAAGGAUAUUGUUACUUGUCAAAGUUGUGGCGUGUUAUGUUUUCCGUUCUAUGGGCGUUUUAGGGAAAACAAAAAGAUAGUUUUCUGCAUUAUUGAAACUUUAAAUAUGAUUGAAGCUGGAGAACUGUCUGCAUCAAAUAUUUUCUUUGAGUUACUUGUUUCUAUUUAUGAAAUUGAACGAAUUUUACGACGUUUCAACAAUUAUACUGAGAAUAGGUAGUGUAAUUUGUUUUUACAAUUUUUAAAUGAUAUUUAAACUUAUAAAAAAUAUUCUGGUUAUUUUUUGCCAAAGUUGUAGCUGAUUUGAGUUCUAUUUAGUUCAUUAGAUAGUGUUGAUUUUUACUGUAUUUUUUUUUUAUUUUUAUGAAAGGACAUAAUGGCAAAUUGUUUUUGUAACAUCUAAAACAAAGAAAUUUAAUGUUAGGAAAAUUAUUUUUUCAGUUAUUUUUUUCAGCCUGCAAAGGAUAUAAAUUGAUGGGUUAUUACCUUGGUAUUGUUUUUUUUUUACAAUAUUAAUUGUAAAAUGAUUUUUUUAAAGUUAUGUCAAAUGGGUAUUAAACAAGA